UAAGCUGGUGGAAGAAGAUUCUUACUGAAACUCAGAGCGAAGAACACUUGGAUCACAUACACAUUAUGCCAUUCUCACUCAAGGGCCAUUUGGAGUUUGUUCGCUACAAGGAUUUGCUGCUGGAGCCUCCGGCCGAGAGGAACAUGAAGCUCUACCUCGAGUUCUUCCCAAAUUUUAACACCGCCCAGCGAUGGUACACCAUGCCACAGAUCCAAAAUUCAGCACCGACCUUUGUGGAAACCGUGGCCCAAGCUGAUCGCAUACUGGCAAUCUCCUCCCACGCCCUGGAAGGCAUUGUGGUGUGAGCUCUUCAGUUAUGUGGAAUCAACAUCGUUCCACUGGGUUCUCUCCAUCUAAACAUCUCCACCGGGAACGAUCCAGACGAUCCAAACUAGGUAAUUCCAUGGCUGGACAAACAGGAGUCUCGAUCGGUUCUCUACAUUAUUAACCGGACUUGAGGGCGUACCGCGCGGUACCGCCGAAUUUCUUCGGCACUAGCUCGAGCUGCUCCGGGCGUACCACCCAUAGAAAAGCGAUGUUCUUAGUAGAUUCCAGAGCCAGCUGCUGGGACUGGAGCGAUGGUUCCAAAACGCAGGUGGCAUGGUAUACCGCGGGCUGCUAACCGACUGGACACACCCUCGGGCACCGUGCCGUGCGGCAUUGUGGAUGGAAUUCGAUCUUGGAGAGCGUCAGUGUUGGUGUUCCUGUGAUGUCGAUGCCGCGAAUCCGUGCUUGACGAGGAUCUUGGACGGGAUUUCGGUAAGAUUGGGUAAACACCGAGCAAGGCCAAUUUGGAGGCUGCGAUCGAGGAGCUCAUGUUUAAAAGGUGUGAUGAGCUUGGAAAGAAAGCCAGCGAUCUUGGAGAACUCAUGGAAGAAGGAGGAUCUUCUCGAUCCGGCAUCGAUUAGUCAAAGCCAUGGGGCUAUAGAGAUGUUCGCGUCGAUGCAAGGGGAUCACGGCGUGGAUCCAAUCGCGGAGCACUACGGCUGCGUGGUGCGGUGUGGGCAUCUGCUGAGGCGCUCGUGAUUGCCAUGGAGCCCAGUGUAACGAGCUUGGUCAAUGCGUGCACACUCCACUUGGAUCCAGCGCAAGUCACCUAAAGUGUGUCAUAGGAUAAGGGGGCGAUGGCUGUAGCAGCCCGAAUAUCGCAUGGAAGAGUUCGAUCGUGUCGCCCGGCAGCCCGGGAUCUGCUGGCGCAAGAUCAUAGUCAGCGUUCUUUUAAUUAGAGCUCCAAGUGCUCCAAAGAUCAUCCACACAGGUAACCUUAGCAAGGCGGCAGCUUUGGAUGGAUCAGGUGAUCCUAAGGCAUGGCUGAGUUCGUGGCGAGCAUGACGACGUUCAAGAAGAGGGUGAACUCGAGCUUCAAGCCCAGGACGAGGCCACCUCGAGCUCGAUCACUCGAGAGCCAUUCAGUAAAUGGAUUGCUCCGAGACGCUCGAGUGCGAACUUAAGGAGCUGGAGAGGCGAUCUCGAGGACAUGAGUAGCGAGGUCCUAGGUAGAGUGAGGUGCCUGGGAGUGCCGAUUCUCGGUUACCGAGGCGGCGUCUCGAGCUCGAGAGAACAAGUUGAGGAACUGGAGAUCCAUACGAGGGAGGAACUCUAACUCAGCACCACCAUGACGACCUUGUAGCAAUUUGGCACUCAAGAGGAGGAGAAAGCAAUUUGGUGCUGCAUCGACCUGACAACUAUCACAUAUGGCAUGAGAGAUUCUUCGCCAGACAACGUUUGCGCUAUAAACUGGUCCUCUCCAGACGUUUGAGAGCGUACAUCUGCCUGUUUUGUGAUUGCCUCACAAACCCCUCACAAAUCAAUCGGCACGGAAAACCAAGCCCAGCGGCUUUGAAAAUCCUAGGAACUGAUGCUAGGAGUGCGGCUGGAGCGGACAACUCUUUGGUUACGUCAGUAGCCACAAAAGGCUGCCAAGCAAACCAUCGUGAAAAAAUUAAAAUGGUGCAGCUGAAAUAGCCUAGACAAACAAAAGCACUCUAGACUAGCGUCACCAAAUGGUGUUGUAGUUAUCAUUCUGAACAAGUUCACCUAACUAGA